GCUGUUGCGCUGCCUUUUCCCAAUCAUGGUGGUGCAGUUUCUCCUGUGUUUUUUGGAACGGUGAGGCCAUGCUUUCCAGAAUGUGUCUUUAUCAUAAAUUUUUUUUUAUUUCAGCAAAUUGUCAUAACUCGUCGAGUAUGGGUAUCAGGAUCGUGUGCAUGUUUUGUUUUGAUAAUAGCCUGCUUUGUACCAUUUUUGUGGCCAUUGUUAUUUUUUCUGUGUACACCACGUUUCAAAGAUGCACAUCAUCAUUGUCCAUACUGUAUGACUCUACUCUCAAUUAAACGGAGAUGA